AUAAACUAGACUAGAGUCGUGCAAUGCAAGUGGCACCCUGUGAUUAUCCAAAUUCAGCCAAGUAACUGAAAAAAAAACAAACAUAACAAGUUCAGAAUUCUUGUUGUUAGAUUCCCAUUUUUAACUCUUACUCAGACCGUGGUUGUUCAAUAUUUAAUUCAGUAUCGUCUACGAAUAAAACCCUAUCAAACUCUCCGUCUCUCUAAUGGCAAAGAUUGAUUUUCAAGCAAUGGAAAUAGAUCCCAAGAGUGGAUUCUGUUCAGAAACAAUAACCUACCAUAGUCUCAGACCCAUAGUUCCACUUCCACCAGUGAAUUCAUCUCUCUCUAUCUAUGACUAUGUUUUCUCUCUUUUCCGCAGCAUCUCUAAUUCCUCUCCAGAAACAACAACUGCGUUAAUUGAUUCUGAAACCAAUACUCGAAUAUCAUAUUCUGUUUUGAUUCAAAAGAUUGAAUCGUUAUCUCAUCAUCUAAAAUCAGUUGUUGGUUUAUCUAAAGGAGACACUGCUUUCAUUCUCUCCCCUACAUCACUUCAGAUACCCAUUUUGUAUUUCUCUCUUCUUUCCAUAGGAGUUGCCAUUUCUCCUUCUAAUCCUAAGAGUACUAUUUCUGAGAUUUCUCAUCUGAUUAGCCUUUCCAAACCUAUAAUUGCUUUUGCUACGUCGAAAACUGCUCAUAAACUCCCUUCAGUGCUUCACCAUGGUACAAUUCUCCUCGACUCGGCUGAUUUUGAGCUCAUGAUGACCGAAGAGGAGAGAACAUUGGUUGAUUUAGUAGAUAAGGUGAAUCAGUUGGAUACUGCAGCGGUUCUGUAUUCUUCAGGGACUACAGGCAGAGUGAAGGGUGUAAUGUUGAGUCAUAGAAAUUUUACAUCACUAGCAGCUGGAAUAUAUGGUUCACAACUGAAAAAUAGAGGUAUGGGUACUAGUGAUGUGGUUGUGCUGUGUACAGUUCCAUUGUUUCAUGUCUAUGGGUUAGUUUGUAUCCUAAAAGCAGCGGCAAUGGGUGAAACUUUAGUAGUAUUAAAUCAAGAGAGGAGGUUUGAGGUUGAAAGGUUGAUGAAAAUAGUGGAGGAUUACAAGGUUACGAAUUUGGCGGUGGCACCACCUGUUAUAUUGGCUAUGUGCAAGGGGCCAAGAAUGGACCACGCUCAUGAUAUGAAAUCGUUGACGACAGUUGUUUGUGGUGGAGCUCCUCUGCUAGUGGAGGUCAUUUCAAGGUUUAGAGACCGGUAUCCCAAUCUAGUCGUGGCACAGGCGUAUGGACUGACGGAAACAACUGGUGGAGUAUUCAGGACAUUAGGUGCGGAGGAGAGUCGUAAAAUUGGGUCAACGGGCAGGCUUUCAUCAAAUAUGCAAGCGAAGAUUGUUGAUCCUGAGACUGGCGCUGCUUUGCCUCCUUGUAAACAAGGGGAACUUUGGGUUAAAGGGGAAGCAAUUAUGAAAGGCUACGUCGGCGAGGAAAAGGCAACCUUGACAACUUUGGAUACAGAUGGAUGGUUGAAGACGGGUGACCUCUGCUAUAUCGACAAUGAGGGUUACCUAUAUGUUAUAGACAGGUUAAAAGAAUUGAUCAAGUACAAGGGAUAUCAGGUUGCUCCCGCCGAAUUGGAAGAAUUGCUUCAAUCCCAUCCAGAUGUUCUUGAUGCUGCUGUAAUUCCGUAUCCAAAUGAAGAAGCUGGUCAAGUGCCAAUGGCAUUUCUUGUGAAGCGACCUCAUAGUUCUAUUGAUGAGCCACAGGUCAUGGAUUUCAUCGCCAAGCAGGUAUCGCCGUAUAAGAAGAUAAGGAAAGUAAAAUUCAUUGAUUGCAUACCUAGAAAUGCUCCGGGGAAGAUAUUGAGGAACGAGUUGAUCAAGCUUGCACUAUCUUCAAGGACUACUAAUACAAAAACUGCUGCAAAGUUGUAAUCUUUUUGUUUGUUUGUUCUAAUACAAGCAAUUCUAAGUAGGUUGGUUUCUGAUCGGUGAAAUAAUAAAUGGAGGACAAAGAAAAUGUAGUCAUAACCUUUAAGUCUAAAUCUAAGUAUUGCGUGUAUGGACUAA